AUGGCGGCUGCAUCUGGAAACACGGGCUGGGCCCAGUUGCGGCAGCAAGCACGCUCCCUAGAGACUCAGACCGAGACGCUCUUUCACACGUAUUCCCAGUUCUCAACGGCCCCGAACAUUCCGCCAAAGCCCACAGACCAGGAGAGGGAAACCGAGGCGAAACUGCAGGAUACCCUCGAAAAGAGAGAAAACGUCAUCGGCCAGCUGUCCCGCCUGCUCGACUCCGAAGCUACCCUGACGUCCUCGGCGCUCAAGCAGAACAAUCUGUCGCUCCUCCGCGAGAAGCUCUCGGAGCACCGCAAGGACCUGUCGAGGCUGAGAUCGAAGCUCCAAGAAGCGAGGGACCGAGCGAACCUGCUAUCCAACGUGCGCGACGACAUCGAUGCGUACCGCGCCAAUAACCCCGAGACCGCCGAGGCCGAGUACAUGCUUGACGAGCGCAACCGCAUCGACAACAGCCACAACAUGACGGACAGCGUUCUGAGUCAGGCCUACGCCGUCCAGGACAGCUUCCGCGUGCAGCGCGAGACUUUGGCCAGCAUCAACCGGAGAAUCACCCUCGCUGCGAGCCAGGUGCCCGGCAUCAACUCCCUGAUUAGCAGGAUCUCUGCCAAGAAGCGGAGAGACGGCAUCAUCAUGGGCAGCUUCAUUGCCAUCUGUUUCUUCAUCUUCUGGAUGUUUUUGUAA